GUUUGUGUUUUGGUUCUAGUAAAAGGGGAAGUUGCAAGAAGAAAGAAAAAGGAGGAGACGUGAUCGGGGUUGUUGAAAUUAUUUGUAUGUUCAACAAUACGUAUCUGUCUGCACUGCGACCUUUAUUUUGUGUAUAGACUCGUGUGUGGUAUUCUGUGUUCGUCAACCGCCUGGCACUCAGCUGAAGCCCUGACAGCAUAGUCAGACGUGCGGGACAAACACUGACCGGGGGAUCUGACUAGGCCAUGGCCAACAGGGGAGGAGCUACGAGACCCAACGGGUCUAACGCUGGUAACAAGAUCUGCCAGUUCAAGCUGGUACUUCUGGGGGAGUCGGCAGUGGGCAAGUCCAGCCUGGUGCUCCGGUUCGUCAAGGGACAGUUCCACGAGUUCCAGGAGAGCACCAUUGGAGCGGCCUUCCUGACCCAGACAGUGUGUCUAGACGACACGACGGUGAAGUUUGAGAUCUGGGACACGGCAGGACAGGAGCGCUACCACAGCCUGGCACCCAUGUAUUACAGAGGGGCGCAGGCCGCCAUCGUGGUCUACGACAUCACAAAUGAGGAGUCAUUUGCGCGGGCCAGGAACUGGGUGAAGGAGCUGCAGAGACAAGCCAGCCCCAACAUUGUCAUCGCCCUGUCUGGCAACAAGGCUGACCUCGCCAGCAAGAGAGCCGUGGACUUCCAGGAUGCCCAGUCAUAUGCAGACGACAACAGCUUACUCUUCAUGGAGACGUCGGCCAAGACGUCUAUGAAUGUGAACGAGAUAUUCAUGGCUAUUGCAAAAAGAUUGCCCAAGAGCGAGCCUGCGGCCACAGGAGCUAACAGCGGGCGGAACAGGGGCGUCGACCUAACGGAAGCCGCCCAGCCAACUAAGGCCCCCUGCUGCAGUACCUAAAGCGAAAUCCCCCCCCCCCCACUGCAGUAACUAAUGUGAUGACCCCCGCCCGCCCAAAACUCUCUGAUCUGCAGCAAUGAAAAAAGAUGCCCUUUGAACCCCCUUCUCAUUCUACCCUUCUCCUCCUCUCUGCAGUAACUAAUGCAAAGCAACGCCCUCAUCUAUAGUUCUCUCAACGACGCCCUGCCCCUCCCUCUCCCCUACUGGUUCUGCUGUUACUAAUUGAGACACCUCACACCUUCCUCCUUCUUUUCUGAAAUUAGUGCCCGCCUUCCCUACCUCAUUCUUCCUGACUAUUGGCAAGCAGCAGGACUAAGGGACGGGGCAACUGGUGGUGGUCUCAUCUCCUGGGUAUAGCUACAGACUAUCGCUCUGUGUUUCUAACACAAUCUCUGUCCUUUCUGUUUGUUUUUUUGUUUUGUUUAUUUUUUUUUUUAGUGGGAAUUAUGGAUGCAUGUAUCACUACAUGGCCUAACUUGAUGAUGAGAAAAAAUCUGUGUUAACUUUAUUCAGCGGCACAAAAACAUAUAUUUGAGAGGGAGAGAGGCUCCAAAGGUUUGCGAGGGCUAAUUCUAAAGAAAAGACUGUUUAGCAGUGGUCUUGGGUUCCUUCUAGUUUAUUUCUGUUGUUCUCUGUCUACCCUUAUCUGUCUCUUGAGUAAUGUAUUCAUAUGCUUUGCCCACUAAACCUUUAGUAGCGCUAGUAUAGAGUUUCUCCCUUCUGUCUCUCUUUGUCCCAUCCCAGAGCCUUGCCUGCUUCUAAUGCUCAGCCCCAAAGCAAACCCUAACCCCUUAGGUACUUCAUGUAGGUCUAAGAGGAUUUGAGAUCUAAACAAUCGGGUGAACAUUCCACCUAGCCUAUCGGAGGGCAUGGUGGAGCGAUCCCCAUAAUGCUCACACCUAUUCAAUUCUCUCAGGUCUACCUAAGGGGUUAGAGGGCAAUUUGGGAUUGGGCAUAGCUGUCCUAGUGGCAUCGUGCAAUGGUUCACAGUAUUGGCUCUGUGAUUUCUUCAGUGUCUGCAAGGACCUUCACACUGCAAAGCAACCUGCCUCCACACCCACCCUAACCCUACCUAUCACCACCUUACUACCCCCAACCCUACCUGCUAUCACCACCUUACUCCCCCCAACCCUACCUGCUAUCACCACCUUACUCCCCCCAACCCUACCUGCUAUCACCA